AAAUUACUUUUAUUCUAAGUUAUUACAUAUUUGUAUUAUUUAUCCUAAAUAUAUUCUUUAGGCUCUUUUCUAUUUUAAAGUAAAUUUUAUAACUUUGAGAUCUCUCAUGUAAGCAUAUUUAUUGUUAGAUUUUAAGAAAGAACUUUUAGCUGUAUAACUUUAUAAAAUCCCAUAAUAUAUUUCUUUAUAUUUUAUCAUGUAUGAUUUAAAAUAGAGAAGGACAAUAAGGAUGAGAAAAAUCCUGAAAAGCAAAGUCAGUGAAAGCUUUACAAAAUAAUAAGUAUGUUAAAUAUGACAAGAAAUCACAAGACCAUUUAUGGCCAGUGAUGUCUUUUGUGUUUGGCUAGAAUCAACAUCAUUUAUGCCCAGGUAAAUAAAUUAUUUUGUUUCACAAAAGAGAUUUAAUAAUUUAUGGUGGAAGCGUAAAUGAAAUACUGUGGCCCUUCAGUUAAGUAACACACAUGCAGCCCUCUCAGAUGUAAAAGUUCAGUCAGUGUGGUUGUUGCAGCUCAUGUCAUUGAAGGAAUGGGGACAAAAGUUUGUUUGUAACUACCAUGGAAGUGAGUACAAAGACGUCAGUGACCUUUGAACUUCUGUGGCUGUGCAUCUGAACAAGGAAUUGUUUGAGGAUGGGAAAAGCUGCCAGUAGACUUGGGAUAUGCUUUCUCCUUGCUUUCUACAGAAUUGUUGAAUGACCCUACUCCAGAAAAACAAAAAAGCAGAAACCAAAAAACAAAACAAAACAAAACAAAACUUAAUUGGAAGAAAUUCUUCUUAGUCUCAGGAGAAUCUUAUGUCCACACAGCUAAAUCUGAUUAGGUAUUCAUAUCUCAAAGUGAUAGUCUCUAUAAAAAUACUGUCUUCACUUACAAAAACGGCAACAUUACUUACUGCUGUUUUAUGCAUUGACAAGCCUGGUGGAUGCUUGUGGUUCCUUCCUUUGCAGUUGUUAUCUUUUUAAAACCUCUUCUUCAGCUCUAGUGGUGGAAAAGUCCUUUCUGUAUCUGGGUCACACUGAUUCCUUAGUUUUCUGUUACAUUGUUUAAAGGUUGGACAUUAUUCAGAGAGUAAAACCCAUAAAUAUUUGUCGAGUGAAUGAGUGAAUAAAUGCACAGGAAAAGUGUUGUUUUUGUGUCAGAAAGUAGGAAUAAUGGCGUUUGUAGUACUUUUUUUUUCUCCCAAGGUGGUUAAUAAAAAUCUAGUAACAUCUCUCAGUAUGAGAAUAUCAUAAAUACAGUAAUCUCUUUUGCAGAUAGAGUCCCUCAGCCUUUGAGUUUACUUCUCUUGCUUGCACUAGCUAGUGUUCACAUUGGGGCUCCAAUAACAUGGUUUUAUUUAUGUAUUUAUGUAUUUAUUUAUUUAUUUAUUUAUUUUUGAGAGAGAGAGAGAGAGAGAGAGAGAGAGAAACCGUGAAUGGGGAGAGGGACAGCGAGAGGGAGAGAGAGAAUCUCAAGAAAGCUCCACGCUGGGUUUGGAGCCCAAUGUGGGCCUUGAUCCCAUGAUCAUGAGCCAAAAUCAAGAGUUGGAUGCUUAACCAGCUGAGCCACCCAGGUGCCCAACAUGGUUUUAUAUCAAACUUGUUGUUUUUGAAAAGUCUGAGGAAUAAGUACUACUAUUAUCAUUUUGGAGAAAAUCUGACUCUGGUUCGUAUGGUUGCAUAUCUCUUUUGCCCAUGAUUAAUAAGGCAAGAAAUCAGUGCACCGAUUCACCAUUAAAUAGUACAUGUGCUUUGAGGUGGUGCCUCCUUCCUAUAAAUAAAGCAUGUGUGCGUUUCUUUUCAUAUACUUUUACGUAGCUCUCUUUCUGAUCAGUAUGUAGCACCAUACAUUUAUAGGUUAUGAUACGUUACAGAGAUCUGUGAUCAUACUGCUUAACUGGAGCCAUUGAGAUGGAGUCUUGACUUCAUUAGCAGCUUUGACUUUGUGAGUGAGAAGGGGAAAGAUGUGAAAAAUGAGUAUAGCAGUUAUAAGAAAAACGACUUUUAGAGUAAUUAAAAUUUUUUUUAAAUGUUUGCUUAUUUUUGAGAGAGAGACAGAGUGUGAGUGGGGAAGGGGCAGAGAGAGAGGGAGACACAGAGUCCCAAGCAGGCUCCAGGCUCCGAGCUGUCAGCACAGAGCCCGAUGCGGGGCAUGAAAUCGCAAACCACAUGAUCAUGACCUGAGCCAAAGUAACAUGCUUAACUGACUGAGCCACACAGAUGCCCCUUUAAAGUAAUUUUUAAGUAACUUUUCAAAAUGUGUUUGUGUAUUAAAACACUGAUUCAUGAGAAGUUUAACAUAAAUUCUUAAUGAUUGAUACUUGGAGAAGUUUCUUCAUUAUAUUCCAUCUGAAAAAUUACUUAGGAGGGUUAGCCUUGACGCUUGAAUCAGCUACUCUUCUGGAAUACAGCAGUUAACUGGCAGAAAUUCUUCUCUUUUUAGGCCUAAAAUGCCUAGGAUGACUAAACCAGUCCUUCCGUGGGGGUAGAGUUGUGGAAAGGAGGGCACUGCUUCUGUGAAGGGAAACUGGCUGUCAGGGAAGAUGGUUGGUAGAGAAUGGGAGCUAGGAGCUGGAUAGGGAUAAAAGGAGGGACAUAGAAGUUACGGAUAGCUGCACAGGAGCACUCUUUCAGAUCCCAAUCUGCAAGAAACCAGAGAAUGGAAUCAGAACAGUCAGCUGCAAGCAUCAGAUGAUGUGUAUCUGGUAGAUCAGAUAAUCCUUAAAUGUUUUUAUGAUUAAAAAAAAUUAAACUUCCUUAGGUUUUCUGAUACAUAUCUUUAAUUCAGGUUAGCUUUGGUUUAUUUUAAAGUCUUUCCUAUGAUAUGUAUUGAACUUAGUUUAGACUUUAAUGUGAUAGUUUUUAAAAAAUAUUUUAACAUCCAACGUGGGGCUCAGGCUCACGUCCCCAAGAUCAAAAGUUGCACACUCUACUGAUUGAGCCACCCGGGUACCCCUACUGUGAUAGUUUUUUGAGAACAACUAAACCCUUGCAUAAAACAGACUGUAUUUGACAGAACAUGGUAGAAUUGUAACAUUUACUGAAUUGAACAGUCCCUUUUUCAAAUCUUCCACGAAAUAGUGAAUUUACUAUACUGGACAAAAGUAAGCAUUUCUUUGAAUAGUCCACCGCAUUUCAUUAAAUGGAUACUUCAUGCAAAGAAGAGAUAAAAAGGAGUGCUGAAGAAUAUGAGAAAUACUGGUUAAAUUAUAGCAUUAUUCACACCUAGUAUAGUGAGAGGAAAAGUUUGUGUUCUGAUAACUGUGUAUCAGAGGAAAAGUGCUACGUUACUUGAAUUUAUGAAAUUGCAAAUGUUAGCUAAGUUAAUUUGGAUGAAUGGUGAAUAAUGCUUUAGGUCAGAAAAGGGCAGACUGAGAAUUCAUUGUUCAUUCUGAAAAAAAUUGUCAGGAAAUAAAUGCUGUCUUUAGGAUUUAAGCAGUUCUGUUUUGUUUUUGUUUUUGCUUUCUUGGUUUUCUUUUUAGAACUUUUUUUUUUAUUAAUUAUUACUACAUCUAAGAACUGAGUGUUUUAGAAAACUUUGUUCAGAGUUUUGGUGAUUUUUAAAAGAUUAUGAUGGAAAUAUGAAAGGAAAACAGUCUGGACAUCUUGUAAAUUGCUAGAUAAGGUAUACACGGGAUUCAUUAUUAGCACAUUAAGUACUCACCUUAGAGGGGGAAGAUUCCUGAUGCCUAUCUAAUAUCCAGUCUCCCCUUUUCCUUACUAAUCAAUGCAAAUUUUACUUCAAGUAGAAGUGUGUCUAGCUAAAAAAUUUCUUAGUCUCCCUUUCAGCUGAGGUAGCCAUGUGACAUAGUCUUGGUUAGUGAGGUGUAGGCAGAAAUGCCUGGAUUAAGUUUUUGGGAAGCUCUUUUACCCAUUUCUUUUUUUUCUUGUCUGGACAUUAGACAUGAUAACUGGAGCUGAACCAGUAUUCUUGAGACUUUUAAAGAAAACCCGAGAGAUUUGCAGAGAUUUUAGCCUGUGUAUUCUUUAGCUGCCAGGCCAACAGCCAGUGGUUUUUUCAGAAUUUCCAUUUCAUGAGAAGAGUAAACCCCUGUCUUGUUUAAGCCACUGUAAUUUGGACUUUUGUUGUACACAUCAGAACAUUAUUCCUAACUGAUAAAAUAACUUACAUGCCAAUUAUGACAUGCUUUCAGGAGAUUUGGAAUCUUCUGGUUAUAAUUUAACAAGGGAUUUAUCUAACUCCAAAUCCAGAAGACCAUGGGAUUUGGGGGAUUAUUUCUGUCUUUUAGACUUGAUUGAACCAGCUGGAUAACCAACUGUAUGGAUAGUGGUUGCUGCUGGAGGUUUGAAGGAAAUACAAGGAAGUAUUCAAACUGUUCAAGCAUUUCCCACUGUCAUUUUAUCCUCUCUUUCAUUUCAAGUCCCUGGCUUCAUCUGGCUAUAUAAUCUAUAUUGAAACUAUUACAGCUCCCUCUGAAUGGAGAGGAUUCAGGAAGUUUUGGUACAGUUAGGGUCAUCUGGAUUGGUUAGUAUUGGGAAUCUUACUGAUGACCUGAUCUCCCUCAAACCAAGAUUAAUUGUGGCAAUUGUCCUCCCACACCCCCUUUUUAAAACUUACUUAUGUGUAGUAUACAUACAGGGGAGAGUACACAUGUAUACAUGUAUAGCUCUGUGGCUUUUCACAAACAACAUGUCUGUGUAACCAGCAUCUGGUCAGGAAACAAAGAAGUUCCUCUAUUGCCCUUGAGGAUUAUUACUAUCCAGACUUCUAGCAGUAUAGAGUAGUUUUUGCCUGUAUUUGUAUUUCACAUACAUGGAAUCAUGCAGAAUGUAUUCUUGUGUCUGGUAUAUUUUGUUUGACAUUCUCCGUGAGAUUUCUCUAUACUUUUAUACAUUUAUAAUUAUGUAUAAUUAUAGACCAUUCAUUCUCAUUGCUUUUAGCAUUCUGUCAUGUGGCUGCCUGUUUUCAAUGUGUGUAUCUCAUCUACUGUUGCUGAGCAUUUGGAUUGUUCCAGUUUUGACUAUUAUGAAUAACUGCUGCCAAGAACAUUCUGGUACAUACCUUUUGGUAAACAUCUUCCUGUGGGAUCCAGGAAUGCAAGCCCAUCUGGCCACUAGAGCCAAAGCGAUGAGGGGUGUGUGCCUUGGGCAUCAGCUGCAAAAACUGGGUACAAAGCACAUGUGUAACUCCCUUCCAGGAGACAUUGGAGCUCUGGAGCGUGGUAGAGGGAAGAUGAAGUCCUCAGUACAUUCUGAAGAGGAUGAUUUUGUUCCAGAACUACAUAGAAAUGUUCACCCUCGGGAGCGGCCUGAUUGGGAAGAAACACUUAGCACAAUGGCAAGAGGAGCAGAUGUCCCAGAGAUUCCUGGAGAUCUUGGUCUUAAGACAUGUGGCAGCACAGCCAGUAUGAAGGUUAAACAGGUGAAAAAACCCACCAAUCCAGGACUGAUGGGCUGCGACAACAUUCACAGGUUACCCUUCACUAAAGGUCACUUUCCGAAGAUGGCUGAAUGUGCACAUUUCCAUUAUGAGAACGUUGAGUUUGGCAGCAUACAGCUUUCGCUUUCAGAAGAACAGAAUGAAGUAACGAAAAACGGCUGUGAAUCUAAAGAGCUGGUCUACCUCGUGCACAUUGCUUGUCAGGGUAAAAGUUGGAUUGUUAAAAGAAGUUAUGAAGAUUUUCGGGUACUUGAUAAACAUCUUCAUUUAUGUAUUUAUGACCGACGAUUCUCCCAACUCUCAGAGCUUCCCCGUUCUGAUGCUCUGAAGGAUAGUCCAGAGUCCAUCACUCAGAUGCUUAUGGCUUACCUCUCCCGCCUUUCAGCUAUUGCUGGCAACAAGAUCAAUUGUGGACCUGCCCUUACUUGGAUGGAGAUUGAUAAUAAGGGAAAUCAUCUUCUAGUUCAUGAGGAAUCAUCCAUUAACACUCCUGCUGUUGGUGCUGCCCACGUUAUCAAGAGGUACACUGCUCGGGCCCCUGAUGAAUUGACCUUAGAGGUGGGAGACAUUGUUUCUGUUAUUGACAUGCCCCCGAAAGUGUUAAGCACAUGGUGGAGAGGCAAGCAUGGAUUUCAGGUGGGUCUCUUUCCUGGACACUGCGUGGAGUUAAUUAAUCAGAAAGUCCCCCAGUCAGUGACCAACUCAGUGCCAAAACCAGUGUCCAAAAAGCACGGGAAGCUCAUCACUUUCCUGCGCACAUUCAUGAAGUCUCGUCCCACAAAACAGAAGCUGAAGCAGCGGGGGAUCUUGAAAGAGAGGGUGUUUGGUUGUGACCUGGGGGAGCACCUUCUGAAUUCUGGUUUUGAAGUUCCUCAGGUUCUUCAAAGCUGUACAGCAUUCAUUGAGAGAUAUGGCAUUGUGGAUGGAAUAUAUCGUCUCUCUGGCGUUGCCUCUAAUAUCCAGAGACUACGCCAUGAAUUUGACUCUGAACAUGUCCCCGACCUGACUAAAGAACCUUAUGUUCAAGACAUCCAUUCCGUGGGCUCCCUCUGUAAGCUGUAUUUUCGAGAGCUCCCAAACCCUCUGCUCACCUACCAGCUGUAUGAGAAAUUUUCUGAUGCUGUUUCAGCAGCAACAGAUGAAGAAAGGCUGAUCAAAAUUCAUGACGUCAUCCAACAACUGCCCCCUCCUCACUACAGAACGCUGGAGUUCCUGAUGAGACACUUGUCUCUUCUAGCUGACUAUUGUUCCAUCACAAAUAUGCAUGCAAAAAACCUAGCAAUUGUUUGGGCUCCAAACCUGCUAAGAUCGAAACAGAUAGAAUCUGCCUGCUUCAGUGGGACAGCAGCUUUUAUGGAAGUGAGAAUUCAGUCUGUGGUAGUUGAAUUCAUCCUGAAUCACGUAGAUGUCCUCUUCAGUGGGAAAAUCAGUGCUGUCAUUCAGGAUGGAGCAGCUUCUCUGUCGAGACCCAAGUCCCUACUGGUUUCCUCUCCAUCCACCAAGCUGCUGACAUUGGAGGAAGCCCAGGCACGAACGCAAGCUCAGGUCACUUCUCCAAUUGUGACUGAAAAUAAAUAUAUUGAAGUAGGAGAAGGACCCGCUGCGCUUCAGGGAAAGUUUCAUACCAUAAUUGAGUUUCCACUUGAAAGGAGGAGGCCUCAAAAUAAAAUGAAAAAAUCUCCCGUGGGCAGCUGGCGUUCCUUUUUCAACUUGGGGAAAUCAUCAUCUGUUUCUAAGCGGAAGUUGCAGCGGAAUGAGAGUGAGCCUUCUGAGAUGAAAGCCAUGGCUCUGAAAGGUGGCAGGGCGGAAGGAACCCUCCGUUCAGCUAAGAGUGAAGAAUCUCUUACUUCUCUCCAUGCAGUCGAUGGCGAUUCCAAGCUGUUCCGACCCCGAAGACCCAGAUCUAGCAGUGAUGCACUGAGUGCCUCUUUUAAUGGAGAAAUGCUGGGGAACCGCUGUAAUUCCUAUGAUAAUCUGCCCCAUGACAAUGAAAGUGAGGAGGAAGUAGGGCUGCUCCAUAUUCCAGCUCUUAUGUCUCCUCCCGCAGCUGAAGAUGUUGACUUGAGCCCACCAGACAUUGGAGUAGCCAGCCUGGAUUUUGAUCCCAUGUCAUUUCAGUGUAGUCCCCCUAAGGCUGAAUCAGAAUGUCUGGAGAGCGGUGCCUCCUUUUUAGAUUCAUUAGGAUACUCCAAGGAUAAACCAAGUACCAAUAAAAAGGAUACAGAAGCAGGUGGUAGCCAGUCGCAGACUCCAGGAAGCACGGCAAGUUCUGAAGCCGUCUCUCCUCUGCAGGAGAAACUGAGUCCAUUCUUUACCCUGGACUUGAGCCCAACUGAAGAGAAGUCACCCAAGCCAUCCUCAUUCACUGAAAAGGUUGUCUACGCUUUCUCUCCAAAGAUUGGACGGAAACUAAGCAAAUCGCCUUCAAUGAACAUAUCUGAGCCAAUUUCAGUGACUCUUCCCACUCGGGUAUCUGAAGUCAUUGGUACGAUUUCAAAUACAGCAGCUCCGAAUGCGUCUUCUCCAACUUGGAACAAAAGCAUUGAAGAAAGUGAUGUCAUAAAUAGAUCCCCCACCCAGGUAGUAAAGAUGAAAACAAAAGAGAGAGAGUCCCAAGAAGGAUGUGAGUCUGAAGUCCAGCCCCUAGACCAGGUGGCUGCUGCAGAAGUAGAGUCACCAGGGAAAGAGGAACAGGCCGUCUUAAGCAGUCAGAGUAAGGCUGUACCUUCUGGACAGACUCAGACAGGAGCAGUUACCCAUGACCCCCCUCAGGAUUCCGUUCCCGUCAGUUCAGUCUCUCUUAUCCCACCACCACCGCCUCCGAAAAAUGUGGCCCGCCUGUUGGCACUAGCACUGGCUGAGUCUGCACAGCAAGCUUCAACUCAGUCAUUGAAGAGACCAGGGCCCGCCCAGGCUGCUUAUACGAAUUACGGAGACCUAGCAGUGGCUGCAAGUGAAGAUAAACUGCCUAGUUCCUACUCUAACAUCACUCUAGAUAAAGCCUAUUACCAAACUGAUAGGCCAGCAGAGGAAUCCCGCCUCCAGGACGAGGUAUCUGGGAACUGUGGCCAGCCUGUAGCAGACACAGCAGUUGGGAAUCACGCUCAUUCCAGUGCAACUGAAUCCGGGGAGCAGCUCCACCAGGCAGACUUACCAGGGAAUCAUCCACAUCAAACCUAUUUAUCUGGGGACCCAGAAAAGGCCAGAAUCCCAUCAGUUCCCUUAACAGACUCUAAGUCUGAUGAUCACAUAAGCUUCUCUGAAGACCAUUCUGGGAAGACCAGUAUGCCAACUGUCUCCUUUAUGGAUCAGGACCAGCCUCAGCUUCAUUUCUAUAGCGGAGAUCAGCCUCCUUAUCUUGGUGCAAGUGUAGAUAAACCCCAUCACCCUUCAGAACUUGCAGACAAAUCUCCCACACCUUCUAGUUUGCCGAAGGACAAAAUCUACCCUCCUUCUGGGUCCCCUGAAGAGAAUACCAGCACAGCCACCAUGGCUUACCUGACAACCGCUCCGGCGGCGGCUGAGAUAAGCACCAGGGAAGCCAGUUGGGAUGUGGUCCAGCAACCCACCGCAGCCGAUUUUGCUGCCGCCACCCUCCAGCGUCCGCACAGAACUAGCCGCCCCCUUCCCCCCCCUCCUUCCCAGAGGCCAGCGGAGCAGCUGCCCGUCACGGGGCAGGUACAAGCAGCGGCCAGCACGGGAUUAAAUAAUUCCCACAAGGUUCAAGCAGUUCCAGCUCCAGAGAGACUACCUGAACCCAGAGCCACCGAUGACCCCGCACAUGUCCUGGUCGGUGAUGGCAGCACAGCCGUUCAGUGUCCCAUGUCUGCUCCUGCCUUCCAGCCGGGCCUUCCUGACAAGGUGCGGGAAGGUGCCAGGGCCCCACCACUGCACCUGCGCGCCGAGUCUGUCCCCGUGUACUCGUCCUGUGGCUUUACUGCACCGGUGCCCCCCACCAGGACGCUGGAGAGUAAAAUGGCCGCUGCCAUCCACUCCAAUAGUGCAGAUCCUGCCAGCAGCGCCAGCUAUCACCCCUUUGUCACUGCUUCCUCAGCUCCUGUGGACGAUGUUCUGCCUUUACCACUUCCUGUCCCACAACCUAAGCAUGCUUCUCAGAAGACGACUUAUUCCGCCUUUGCGAGGCCUGAUGUCACCACUGAACCCUUUGGUCCAGAAAACUGUCUGCAUUUCAGUAUGAUCCCCAACUGCCAGUACCGUCCCCAGAGCGUACCUCCACACCACAAUAAAUUGGAGCAGCACCAGGUGUAUGGUGCCAGAUCAGAGCCACCAGCCUCCAUGGGACCUCGUUACAACACAUACGUGGCCCCAGGAAGAAACGCGUCUGGACAUCACUCCAAGCCAUGCGGCCGAGUUGAGUAUGUAUCUUCUUUGGGCUCCUCCGUUAGGAGUAGUUGUUACCCUGAAGAUAUUCCUCCGUACCCUACCAUCCGGAGGGUACAGUCUCUCCAUGCCCCUCCAUCUUCCAUGAUUCGCUCGGUUCCCAUUUCACGGACGGAAGUUCCCCCAGACGAUGAACCAGCCUACUGCCCAAGACCCCUGUACCAGUAUAAGCCAUAUCAAUCCUCCCAGGCCCGCUCAGAUUAUCACGUCACUCAGCUUCAGCCUUACUUUGAGAAUGGCCGGGUCCACUACCGGUAUAGCCCAUACUCCAGUUCUUCUAGCUCCUAUUACAGUCCAGAAGGAGCCCUGUGUGAUGUGGACGCCUACAGCACAGUACAGCUGAGGCCCCUUCACCGCCUACCCAAUCGCGAUUUUGCCUUCUACAAUCCGAGGCUGCAAGGAAAGAACUUCUACAGUUACGCUGGUUUGCUCCCACGUCCCCGGGCCAACAUGACCGGCUAUUUCUCUGGUAAUGACCAUAAUGUAGUCAACAUGCCUCCAACUGCUGAGGUAAAGCACACUUACACCUCAUGGGAUCUUGAGGACAUGGAAAAAUACCGCAUGCAGUCUAUCCGGAGAGAGAGCCGCGCUCGGCAGAAGGUGAAAGGGCCUGUCAUGUCCCAGUAUGAUAACAUGACCCCGGCCGUGCAGGAUGACCUGGGCGGGAUCUAUGUCAUCCACCUGCGUAGUAAAUCGGAUCCUGGGAAAACUGGACUUCUCUCAGUGGCAGAGGGCAAGGAGGGGCGGCACGCAGCCAAGGCCGUCAGUCCCGAGGGAGAGGAGCGCUUCUACAGGAAGCAUCCAGAGCCAGAGUUUGAUAGAGCCCACCACCACGGAGGAUAUGGCAACGGACAGUCGGAGAAACCAUCCCUCCCUCAGAAGCAGAGUAGCCUCAGGAACAGGAAGCUUCACGACAUGGGUUGUAGUCUCCCUGAGCACAGGGCACAUCAGGAAGCAAGCCAUAGGCAGUUAUGUGAAUCAAAAAAUGGGCCACCUUACCCCCAAGGGGCUGGCCAGUUAGAUUAUGGGCCCAAAGGGAUUCCAGACACUUCUGAGCCAGCCAGCUACCAUAACUCUGGAGGGACAUACAUGACAUCGGGGCAGGAAUCUCUGAGACUGAACCACAAAGAGGUGAGGCUCUCCAAAGAGCUGGAGAGGCCUCGGGCUAGGCAGCCUCCCGCCCCAGAGAAACACUCCAGAGACUGCUACAAAGAGGAGGAACACCUGGGCCAGUCAGUAGUCCCACCCCCGAAACCGGAGCGGAGUCAUAGCCUGAAGCUCCACCAUACUCAGCAUUCGGAGAGGGACCCCACUGUGCUGUACCAAUACCAAACACACGGCAAGCGCCAGGGCGGUAUGACUGUUGUGUCCCAGUAUGACAACCUGGAAGGUUACCACUCCCCACCCCAGCACCAGCGAGGAGGCUUUGCAGGAGGAGCGAUGGGGACCUAUGUGCCCUCUGGCUUCCCCCACCCACAAAACAGGACAUAUGCUACCGCUCUGGGUCAGGGGGCCUUCCUGCCCACAGAGUUGUCCUUGCAGCACCCCGAAACACAGAUCCAUGCAGAAUGAGCCCCGGAGCAAUAGAGUUGAAGCAGCCUCUGCUGGACAGUGGACUGUUCUAUUUUUUUCAGUAACCAAAAAGAUUAAAAAAAAAAAAAAAAAGCUACAAUCCCCCCUACCACAUUAAAAACAACAACAAAAAAGAAAAAUUACCAUUUUUCCCCCUUUCCUGCUUCAUCACCACCUCUUCCAUCUAUAGACUGAUUUUUGUCAUUAAAAGAAAUCUGAAUGAUUGUAAAGCACUGUGUUGAAAACCUAGUGAAGAAAUUUGUCACAGACCAUACUUGCCAUAUGGGGCUAAUUUUGUAAGAGCCUGAGGACUGCCUUUCACCGAAUUUGAAUUUAACUUUGUCCUUCUUAAUGUUUGCUAUAUAGCGCAGAGCAGUUUCUGUCUAUUUCCUGGUAGGCUUUUGCAUUUUCUGUGGCAUUCCUCCGUACUUUUUCAGUAGCCAUGCAGGUGCCCAGACUGACACUCAGUUACCCUCACUUCCUUCUCCCUGACUUGGAAGGGUCUGGUGUGUUAAAUUCGAACAGAGAAAAACUUCUCCCCGAUCCUUCAGAUGAUUCUGUCAGACAAUUAGCACAUUAUAAUUACAAAAAACAAUAAAGGAAUUAAGACUUGAAGCAUUUAAGAAAGAGUCAUCAUAAAAUGUCAGGCCAUUUAGACCCAAGCUGAACCACGUCCUUUUCAUCCUUCUCAGAGUUGUUCCGUGCAGUUCGGCGAGCAGGCUGAUGUCCACUGCAGAAGGGAUUCUAAAGUGAGAAGAAGCUUCGUAGGCAGAACUCAGUGAACUUUGUUAGCACCACAGAACCCCAUCAGUGCUUCUGAUGUGUUGCCUGCCUUCAGUAAUUUUUUUUCUCUCAAUAAUAUUUGAUAAAUUGUAAUCCUAGUAAAACAUCUCACACCAUUUGUUCUCCAAAGCCACUCCCCCCCACCGCCCCCCGCCAUUGGGAGAAAAAAAAAACAAACCCAGCAUGACUUGACUGGUGGAUAAAUACACAUCGUUUAUCAUGAUUACAAAUUUACAUGUUAAUUUCUGUUUCUAAACCAGAGUACAGGUUUCUUGGGAACUCUUAAAGUAGCUACGAAUUACCUGUUAGUAAACUGCAAGCCCCUGCAAUAAUUACACUUAGUGCACAGCCCCAUUGCACCAGAAUUCUGGGCAGUUCACUGUUUACAUCCUAAAGGAUUCACGUGCUGUUUGUUCACACUGUACUUGUGCAACCACAGUCGUCCUUAAUUACCAUAUACACCAGCAUCGCAGGAAUAGCUCUUACAACUCUGCGGGCAUGUUAAACAUGUUGAGUACCCAGGACUUUCUUUUGAAAGUCACGUUCCCGGUUGGAGCAGGAGCAGACCACUGUCUGGCCGGCCACUCCACUCCAUCUUCUCAACACCCCCUGCCCCCCGAGCACAUAUGCCAGACUGACAAGGCAGUCCUAUACUUACAAACGAGUUUAGAUUGUCGUGGCAUUCCAUAACUCUCAGUAAUACUUGAGUUUUGUCCAUGCACAUGUUUUAAAAGCUCAGUUUGUAGAAGACACUAGGAGAAUUUCAUUCCAUUUACUGGAUGAUUGCUGCUCUGGCUUUUUAAAACUUGGAAUUAACUUUUAUUUAGAGCAAAGGAAGAAAUCUUUUACGAGGCUAAAAACAUGCUGCUAUUAUUGCUGUGAAAUUGUAUAAAGAUUAGGAUUCCUGCCAGUUCUUUUUUUUAUUUAAAAGAAAAUCAUGUGAUUGCAUUUUAAGGGUUUAUAUUUAGAAAAAAAUAAAGUUUUAAGAACACAUUUAUUUAUAUGUGGAGCUACUCUACAAGGUUUUCUUUUGUUUCCCCAGAAUUGAUGAGAGGAAUUCAGUCAAUAAAGAUCAUGGUAGCAAUCCUGAAAUGCUGACCUGUGAAAGGUCUGUGGAAACGGAGGUCUCUAGAUUAAACAUGUAGACACAAUGGGAAUAUAGUCACAGUGUUAGGAAACCUGAUAGGACACUUUCUUCUAGCACACAAACAUGUCAGGUGCUACAUACAGGAUUUUGAUCUUUGGUGAGUAUGCAGCAUUAACGUUUUUUUUUUUUUUUACCUUAACCAUCUUUUUGUCAAGUAGGCAAUGCAUUACCCCUCUGAGGUCACACAUGCCCUGUAAGUUCUCACCAGCAGCACGGAGCGUUAGAAAGGAGCCGGUAUGACGAGGUACAGAUGGUGUUAGUAACGGAGAGCCCAGAAGGAGGUGGCUGAAGGAGUCCUGUCCAAUCUUAAUAUUUGUGGAUCUGUUGUCACACACAUUGUUUACUCCUGAACCUAAAUCUAUUUUAUGAAUACUAAGGUUAAUUCCUCAAAGCAAUUACUUUAUUAAUGUCCUAUGGGCUUAGAAAUAUCAGGUGAAUAUUUUGAAUACAGAAGAAUGACCCAAAUUACUGGUAUAAUCGUGAAACACAAACUAUAGGUAAAAUCUAGAGUUGUGUCACUUGAUGUAGAGACAGCCUUAACUUUGGAGUCAGUUCUUUGAGGGACUUUGCCUGUAUCUUUCCCUUUCUGGUCUUGUAGGGUAGAAAGUGCACGGCAAAUCACUGUGAGCCAGGUUACCUCAGCAUAGUUCACCUUGUGUGCGGCUUCACAAGCAGUAAUUAAAUGUUCGAGCUUUGAUACGGAACAUUGUGAUCAAGGAAAUGGAGCUGCCCUUGUGCAUCAAACCCAUAAUUGAAUUCGAUUGGUAUUUUCUUCGCCAUGUCUCCAGAUUGUAUCUUUUUGGCAAAAUUCCAAUGUCCCAGUUUGGUUUGACUGAAACGAAUACGCCCUAGACAUCUGGCCGGAGACUUCGCUGACCGCCCCAGAGGUGCCAUUUUCUUAUUAAUUUCAUCCGAGUCUUACUGCUUAUUGUAUUCAGUUUCCUUUAAAACAUGCAAGUCUCCGGGAUGGUCCCACGGAUAGGGCAUGCACACUUUUAUAAUGGCAGAGCAUUUUUUUUUUAAGUUAGAGUCAGGUUGAAAAAUUCUAGGACUAUGUAAAGAAGAGGGACCAUUAAUAUGAGUGGAGAUAGAAGACUGGGUGACCACAUGGGAAACAGCAAUAGACACAUAUGGCAUAAAUUUGGAAUGUGCCCUUUGAGUUAAAAACGGAGCCUGCAAAGUCCAAAUACCCGUUCCCAGCCCCGUUUGUCAGUCAUCCAUUCAUCAUGUUGGCCAAGUAUCGUCUGAGCAGUGUGUGUAAGGAAAUAAUAAGGAAAGCAGAAGUAUGUCAGAAAGUUACUUUCCAAAUGGUUAGAGGCAUGUGAUUAUCAGUACUGUGUGUUACGGAAAUGUCAGGAAUGGUAUACUUUAAUGUUGGUGUGCACAGAGGGUCUUUUUUCCUUUUCUGAUUAGUACUGUUAGCGUUCAAAGACUAAAAAUGGUUGUUUCACAGUUUAGAUUCUAAGGUAGCAAAACCUGAUUUUUUCAGCCAUGACCUGCAUGAGAGAAGCAUCCUAGGAAGUCUUAGAUCAUACUUUUGAGUUCUUAACUUUAAUUUAUAUAGUGUUUUUUUUUUAUGUUUUAAUAUUUUUGUGAACUGGUGUAAAUUGUUAAUGCAUAUAAGCUUGUGUAUUUUUGUAAAUAGUUUUGUGAUUUAUUUCUCGACCCAUAUGUAAAUAUUUAGAGUCUCAUUUCUUCAAAACUUAUUUGAAGCUGAGUUGUGGGUUUGGGGUUUUGUUUGUUUCUUUGUUUUGGUUGGGGGAGGGGGGAGAGAAGAGAUUUUGUACUCCGAUAAUCCAGAUGGAGAUAUCUUGUGGUUGAAAGCAAAUGUCCCACUGAAAGCAAUUCAAAUAUCAACAAAAUUAUUUCAGGUUAAAACAGA